AUGUCUCCGCCUAAGGAGACUCUGACUACCGGGGACACACACCUUUCCGGUCAAUUCGGUCCACACCCCCGGUCAACCAUCGCCGAGGAGGAUCUUGUGCAUGUGAAAUUCCUUUGCGGGCUCACAUCGGAGACAGAGCUUAUUGCUCCGGGGGAUGACCUAUCACCGGAGGACCCCCGCCUGGCUACUGCUGCGCCUACGAGAUCUUCUUCUCGAACUUCCCUUGACCGCGGGCUGUUGUCAGAAACCUUCGCGGACUACUUCGUCACGUUCUGCAGUGGUCAAACCGCGUGGGACUCUUUCACCUGCCCCAGGAUCCGUGAGGCCGGCGCUCGCAUCCGCACUAGGUUUCUCACCAUCUCCUCCCCCCAGCCCGCUCCUCCAAAAAUGAAUUACCGCGAAGAGCGAGCUUACAAAAAGAAGAUGGAGCUGAAGGAGAAGGAGCUGCAGAAGAAAAUGGUUGCCAUGCUGUCGGGCAUCAAAGCCCAAGUUCCUUCGAAAGAAAAAUCGUCCAGCCCGGCUGCUCCCCCGGAGGGUUCAGGUCGCGAGGUGAUAACCCUGCCCGACAGCGAACUCAGUGCUGACUCCCCCGCCCCUCGCCCAGCUCCUGAAGAGGGCCAAGCCAGCGGGUCUAAGAAAAGGAAAGCAACGGAGUCCGGACUUCCAGCACGCUCCCAAACUAACGCGCCUUUUUCGCCUCAUAGCCCCGCCAAAAUCCUAGCGGACAUGAUGCGUAGCUUCAGUUGUCCCGGAGCUCGAGUUCCGGCCUUCCAAGACAUGUCUGUGAACAACCGGGAGGACUACUUCCGUUUUGCCGAGAAGGUCGGCGAGAUGCUCUUCGAGUUUAACAGCUCAGUGGCCCAUUACAAGGAGCAGCUCUUCGCCAGCCCCUCAGCCACUGAAAUUGGGGUUUUACAAGCUCGCAUCUCCGACCUUGAGAAGGAGGUGAAGAAGCUCAAAUCCGCGGAGGCCUCCAUCCGAGCUGAGGUGGAGAAAACGGUUAAGUUCAAUAAAAGGCUCCGAACCGUUGAGGGUGAUCUGCAGAUCGUCGAAUCCUCCUUAGAUACUUGCCAAGACAAGCUCCAGAUAGUCGGUGAACUGUACCUGAAAGCGACCACCGCCAAGACGGAGGCGAAGCAAGAACUUCAGGAGAUCAAACUUUGGAAUCAGCUUCUGGAAGCGGGCAACAGCUCAGAAAUGGAGAGGGUACGGAGAGAGGAGCGGAGGAAGACGCGAGCCGAGCUUCGGAGUACAAUCGAUAAGAUUGGGGCGCAACUCGUGGAGCACGACCGCUUAAUCCCCCACGCGAUCCAGGCUGCUGAGAUCACCGCCAAUCGGAUGCUGGUGGAGGAGAUCGACAGAGGCGAGAUCGCCGCUUUGAAGGAGGAGCUCGAAACUUUUAAGGCUGACGAGGAAACUGCCCGCCUCGAGGCCGAAAAGGUAAAGGACUUAACAUUUGACCCUGCGUCAUUCACCGCUUUAUUGGCGGACACUCCCCCCGAACUCGGGCCCGAUCCUGCUCCUGCCACCCUUAUGAUCGAGUAG